CGCGGGAGGCGGGGAGAGGCGGCGAAGGGCGCAGGAGCAUCGCUCUGAAGGGGACGCCGCGGGCCAAAUGUCUGGGGGCAACCCGAGCCUCUCCCCGGACCCAGGCCGAGGGCGACCGUGAUGCUGCAGAACCGGCGGGAGCGACUCGCCGCCGCCGCUCCCCGAGCUCUCUCAGACCCCAGCGCCCGCCUUCUGCAGGGGAAGCGACCAUGGCCAUAGCUCGUGACUUGCUUCCCGGCCACUUCCCCUAGAAAGAAAUCCUUGAAAAAGUUGCCUUGGGAAAAAUCCUUGCGCUGACCUUUGGGGCCGCGGGCGCCGAAGGAGCGUGCGUGCCAGUGCGAGCAAGAAAGCGAAAGGUGUAUGUGCAUGGGGGGCCGGCGGUGGGGGGACCCUCCGCUGCCACUGCGCCUGGCGUUGUGCUGAGGCUCUGGCCCUCGCCCCCCGGGACCCCGGGGCUGCGAUGAGCCCCUGCGGGCGGGCCCGGCGACAUACAUCCAGAGGGGCCAUGGCCGUCCUGGCGUGGAAGUUCCCGCGGACUCGGCUGCCCGUGGGAGCCAGUGCCCUCUGCGUCGUGGUCCUCUGUUGGCUCUACAUCUUCCCGGUCUACCGGCUGCCCAACGAGAAGGAGAUCGUGCAGGGGGUGCUGCAACAGGGCACGGCGUGGAGGAGGAACCAGACGGCGGCCAGAGCCUUCAGGAAGCAGAUGGAAGACUGCUGCGACCCCGCCCAUCUCUUUGCUAUGACUAAAAUGAAUUCCCCCAUGGGGAAGAGCAUGUGGUAUGAUGGGGAGUUUUUAUACUCAUUCACCAUUGACAAUUCAACUUAUUCUCUCUUCCCCCAGGCAACCCCAUUCCAGCUGCCCUUGAAGAAAUGCGCGGUGGUGGGAAAUGGUGGGAUUCUGAAGAAGAGUGGCUGUGGCCGUCAAAUAGAUGAAGCAAAUUUUGUCAUGCGAUGCAAUCUGCCUCCUUUGUCAAGCGAAUACACUAAUGAUGUUGGAUCCAAAAGUCACUUGGUGACAGCCAACCCCAGCAUCAUUCGGCAGAGGUUUCAGAACCUGCUGUGGUCCAGAAAGACGUUUGUGGACAACAUGAAAAUCUAUAACCACAGUUACAUCUACAUGCCUGCCUUUUCUAUGAAGACGGGAACAGAGCCAUCCCUCCGGGUUUAUUAUACACUGUCAGACGUGGGUGCCAGUCAGACAGUGCUCUUUGCCAACCCCAACUUUCUGCGCAGCAUCGGGAAGUUCUGGAAAAGCAGGGGGAUUCGUGCCAAGCGCCUGUCCACGGGGCUGUUUCUGGUGAGCGCGGCCCUGGGCCUCUGCGAGGAGGUGGUCACCUACGGCUUCUGGCCCUUCUCUGUGAACAUGCGUGAAGAGCCCAUCAGCCACCACUACUAUGAUAAUGUCUUGCCCUUUUCCGGCUUCCAUGCCAUGCCGGAGGAAUUCCUCCAACUCUGGUAUCUUCAUAAAAUUGGUGCACUGAGAAUGCAGCUAGACCCGUGUGAGGGCACCUCCCUCCCACCCACGUCCUAGGGACCGUGGAAACAGGAAGAACCGAGCCAGGGUAUUUUUGUUAGGUUUUCUACUUGACUCCGAAAGGAAAUGGUCAGGUCAUUUCAUGGCUUAGCAUGAGCCACUUGGAAACAACAAUAAACCCCCCAAGGGAAACUCUACGUUUACUGUUGGCUUAGAGGGGCAAAAAAGAAAUGAACCGUCCCAGGAAAUAUUUUAUAGCACAGGGUGGAUCUGUAACUAACUAGUGCCAUGCUGAUGAGAUGAUGUCGGUAAAACAUGUUUCCACGGUUCCGGUCUAGACUGUGCGGUUCGCAAACAAGACGAAACUCUAAUUGUUGAAACUGAGGAAUGAAUCAAGGUAGAAAAAAGGAAAUAGCAGGGUGAAGGUGGUAGUGACUAUCAACACAAACUGGCUUAACAAAAAACAAACUCUCUUAUUAAGACUAACAUUAGAACUAUAGGUUUUUUAAAAAUUACUAUUUAUUUUUGCCCUAUUUAGGGGCAGUGAGUAGGUGAUGGGGUAGAUUUAAAAAAUCCCUUACUGAGUAACAUGGAUACAAAACACUACAGCUGGUAAUUGUGAUUUGUCGAACCAAGUCUACGUUAACUAUAGUUCCCCUCCCUUCCACUUAAAAAGUGUCAAAUAAGAAUUCCUUCCUCCUCUUCUGUCAAGCCUCCUUAGCAUUGUUGAAUUUAGACUGUGUUGACGCAUAGUCGGGAUGACAAGCCACUUUCCCUCCUCAGAAUUUAGGGCAUAAACUCAAUUUUAGGUCUGCAUUUUUGCAUUACGAUUAUUGUUUUGGUGCAAACAAACUACAGACGUGAGUGCAUUAUUUAUUUGCAAAGCAACAUAAUUGUCUUUAUAAGUUAACACUCGGAGAUGAAGUGAAGCACAUUGACAUAAAGCUUAGUCUCUGGGCUGGACAGGCUGGACAGGCGUGUCCCUUUUUCUAUCCACCGUGGUAUGUUCCCUCCAAGAUGGAGGCCAUGCGGGCGUACAUAAAUCACGUGUACAUUCAUGUCCACUCACACACACACAGUUACACAAAGCUCGUUCCCGUGCAACUGUGGAAGCCAAAGCUACAUGAACAAAACUCUGGAACCCGUGUCGGAAAGCCACAAAUGCAAUAGGUACUACCUGCUACACCUUGAUGUGAAACUGGCCAGCUUCCUGGGUGCUGCUUAUAAUGCUCAUACCAGCACGAGAUGCACGCCUUCUCCCCAAGUCACCCCGCGUGAGCAGAGCUGUUUUACUUAUUCUCGCCCUCCCAGCACCUCACAAGGGACGCUGCGGUGAGCGUGGUCACGCAAGGCAUGGUUCACACCAGUAAAGGGAUGGAAUUAGCAGCUGUUUAUUCCCUUAGUGGCAGGUAGGACUGCUUAGAAAGCUUGUUACUUCAGCUUUGACACACUGCACACAAACUGUCGACAGAUUACAAGCAGCUGGAUGUGCUCACAUAUAAGAGAAAGAUAAAGGAAGUCACAUAACCUUUGUGCUUUGGGAUGCCUUAAUCUAAAAGGAGACACUGGAAAUCACUAACUAUAUUCUUUUAAGGGUCACCAAAUAGGUAAACUGUACCCAAAAGUUCUACUUCGGGUUUUUUUUUAAUUUUUUUUUUAAUUGAAGUACAGUUACAAUGUGUCAAUUUCUGGUCCUUUUUAGUGGUUGAUAUAAUAUAGACUAAAACAGGUGGCAGGUUUCGUGGGUUAAUUUAAAAGAUAUCAAGGUAACAAAGCUCUUGGAAAAAUUCUACAUCAUUGGAAUAAGCAAUUUCUAAAUAAGAUUGAAUUACAGAGAUCAGCAGUCAAAUAUGACUGGUUGACAUAACACAGAUUAUAUUGAUACUUAGAAAGUUAAGAUUUUGAGAGUAUUUUUUAAAAAAGAGUUUGAGAGUAUUGACUCUGUGCAGGGCUCAUUUGCUAUUUUGAUCCUAUUCGGCAGCAAAAAUGUCAUGAAAAAUUGCUAUAGGUGAGUUGUGUUAAAUAUUUGCUAUGCAUGCAACCCUGAAUAUAUUUCCUCUUUUGAGCUAUUUGUUGUUAAUAAUAAUUACGUUAAAAGGAAUACAUUUUUACCUAUACAUUUUAUCCAAAUGUAAAAGGGCUAAUGAAAAACACAUAUAAAUGUUCAUUACAAUAUGUGUCACUCAAAGGAGUACUUUAAUUGUUAGAAUGGGAUUCGCGAGUGCCCUAAAGCCCAUGCAAUCCCAGUUCCACUGAAGGUUUCUUCUGGACAUUUUACACCUCGUUGUGAUUCCUGGGAUAGGUUUAUGCAAUAGAUUUGUACAACAAUUAGUCUAUGAAUCUGGGGCUUCUGAAAGGCAAAACAGAAAUGGCUUGAAUGAUGCUGGGGAAUUAGAUCAGGGCUUCUCAACUGGGGUGACUCCCCUCCCCUGCCUGGUGACAUCUGGUGAUGUCUGGAGACAUUUUUGAUCAUCACGAUUUGGAGGAUGCUACCAGCAUCUAGUGAAGAGAUGCCAGGGAUCCUGCUAAACACCCUACAACGCACAGGUCAGUCCCCCACAACGAAGAAUUACCCGCUGUGAAAUGCCAAUAGUGCCAAGCUUGAAAAACCCUGAAUUAGACCAAAGCGAUAUUUAGAUUGUUCCAUCAUACUGUCUGUACUAAAGUAUACACAGACGUGCUCAUGUCAUUCAAAGUAUGACUACAAUUUAAUGAGAAUAUUUUCUUAGAUUAGGUUACAGUUUGGCAUUAUUUUACAGUGACAGCUCAUAGGAAUGCCAUACAUAGUCCCUUUUCUGAGGUUAGAUGUAUCUAAAUCUAGGAGUGUGGUGUGUGUGUUUGUACAUGUGUGUAGCAUGCAGUUAUGUAUAUCCAUUCUUAAUGAGAUACAUGUGUUCCUAAGUGAAUAUCUCCCUAGAUUGAUCUUGUAGAGCACUCUGGAAUACUCUAUUAUUAUUAAGAAGUUGAAUUCUAAACUCCCAUUAUUUUAUUUUGUUCAUUUGAAAUUGAGACCUUCAGAAUUGGACCUCAUUCUUUGCCAAGUUUGCUUGAUUACAUUUUAAUAUUACUGACCCUUUAAGAUUCAGCUGAAAAGAUACUCAUGUUGUCGUAGAUACACUUCAAUAAGAAAAUGUUUCAUCACUUACGAUGCAGCUGCCAAGAGAAGGUAUCACCCUCCCUCCAACAUCAGUCUAAUUUUUCAGUUGCUAUUUAGUGACAAAAAUUAGGUUGCUCUGUGGGGAUAAAAGAGGGCUUGAAGAGACUGAAAUUGAGCACCUGAGGUGAAUUUUCAUUUUUAUUAGGUUCAAUUUGAGAAUUGCAUUGAUGCCAAGGAUCACGAGUAAUGAUGAUCUCUGUUUGAUUUUAAUUAGACUUUGGGAAAAUUAAGAUGGCUGAAGGAUUAAGUCAUUCUAUAAGGAAGUAAUUUUGUAUAUGAAAGAUUUUUACAUGGAAGAGGACACUGGCUUUACAUAGCGUAUUUGACUGUCAGUUUAUACAACUUUGUGCAUCUCAACCGCGGGUAACACAAGAAGCUGAGUGCUUCCUGUACUGUGUUUCUGUAUAGUUCAUUUUCAGCUCUUUUUAACAAGGGCAAAUGAUCCAGAAAUCAUACAAAUGAUCCUUAAUGACAGGUAUUCAAACAGCACCCUGUGUUUGGCUUUGCGAUGUCUUAUGUCCUUUUCCUGGCUAAAAGCCUUCUUUAGGUUAAAUGUAACUGGUACCUGAAGCCAUGGGCAACAUGGCUUAAAAAAGUCUACACAGAAAAUAACUGAGGAAAUCCUUGGAUUCUGAAUUUGCCAAAAAUAUCCUGAGAUUAGUCAAAAGCUUUACAGGCAGGAGUGUUUCAGACGAUUUUAAAUAGGAACUAUAUCAAUAAUGUUUCUUCUGUCAACAAUGAUGUAGGUUUGCAGUUUUAUUAUAUACAACCUCCUAUUUGUUUGGAAGAAAUCAGCCUUUCGUAGUUUUAAUUUCUAUGUUUAAAAAUACUGACUUUGUGAAAUUUUUAACGGAUAGAUCCUUGUUAGGAGGGACCUAAGAGGGAAAAAUGUCAGCCCGCUGAAAACUUCAGGAGAUGCUUGUUGGGUUGUAUGAAGAACUUUCCCACCAGGUAGUAUCUGUUCUGUGUGUGGAGGUCCAAGGAUCACGAGCGAUAAGGACUUUUAUGGGAAUUUGAGGACAAGCAUGUGGAAGAAUAGGGCAGGAGAACAAUCCUGUGCUUUUUACAUCUUCAUCUUUCCAGUGCCGAGGUCGACUCUGAGAUGAUUUUGGUGAUCUGGACACAGCAGGGUCGACCGUGGGCAGAGGGCGCGGAGGCACCUGCAGCUGAGGCCAAGCCUCUUACAAAGUGAGCAGUGACGACGACUGAAUAUGACCUGCAGUUAUGGCAGCUUCGGUGAACGGUGUGCUAGGGCGGGGACGAGGCAGGUGGAAAGGAGACACCAGCCCCCAAGCUCUCAGCAUACAAAGGCUCGGAGAAGUCUCUGCCCCUGGCGUUGGCUUUCCAGCACUAUCCAUCUUAGUCCACUGCCAAGGUCGCUGGCCUGGCUCCAGGUUGAGCUAGUGGCCGUGUGGACUAGAGAGUUGAUGUGGAAAUUCGCUGAGAAGCUUAAAUUUUUACACUGCCUUAAAUUUUUUUUUUUGUCUUAAACUUGUGCUCCCUAAAUUUCAGUGUCCUGUGACAGAAUUCUGGUCAUUCUGACAUAAUUAUGGCCCUAAAAAGAGAGCUUCCCCCCUACACUUGGAUGCAUUUUCUAAGUUCUUAAAGUUGGGAAGGUAUCAAAUUCCUAUGUAGCCUUUUUGAAAGCCCUGGAGACCAAUCCACAGGCAUUCUGAAGCCCAGACUCUUUGUUUAUGGAUAUGAAAGCACCGUGCUUAGGUUGAGUGCUGUGAGAUUCCUAUUUCAUAAGUGGAGGGAGAAUCUACAAUUUCUGUCAUCUUUUUUAAUUCCUCUCAUAAGAAAAUGGAUACUAGGGGUUUACCCUCAGCCUAGGCUUGUCUUUGAAUUUUUUUACCUACAUCCAAGAGGUGAGAGAUUGAAGUAAGAGUGUGAAUGGAAAACUCAUUCAAACAGAACCCAACCUCUGUUUGCCAUUGUGAUAAGGAAAAAAAUUAUAUGCUUCUGCUUCCUUCUUCUGAUUUUUUCUGGUGCCAGCAUUUCUGAUUUCUUCAUCUCUAACCAAUAAGGAGUGCAUAUAAAUUCUUAUAAAUUACCUUAAAGAUGCCCGUGAGCACUUGUAUGACAGCCAAAGCCCCUAACUAUAACUUUUUUUUAAAGCACAAAAGAGGAAUUCUUUUUGGGUUAUGGCCACUCAUUUAUCGACCUCCUGUGUUCGUAUUAGUCUCUACAUUGGGCUAAAAUUCUUUCUGGUUUGCUUUCCUGCUGGAGCUGUGGGAUAUAAUCAAUGAUGCAAAGCUCCCUGGGAGUUUUAUGGAAUAAUAUCUCAACAUAUUGAUCAUAUCUCUCUCUGAUUCUGUGUAAUUAGAUUUUUCUCUAGCUUUUAAAAGCUUAUGUGUCACAUGAUACCAAUAAACGUCUAAAAGACAUGAUUUUUAUCCAGGAGAGAGAAAAUCAGGAAAUAGAUAGGUCUGUUUUUCUCUACACAGUAAGAGAAAUGAAGAAUUACAAUAAAAAAAAAAGGAUUUGACCAAAAUAACAAAGAUUAAAAAUCACAACUUUAAGUAGAAGGGAUCUUAAGUAUGCAGGGAAGCAGAAAGCAGCAGAGGCUAUCGUCCUUGUGACGGUCCCAAGAAUAGAACCUUUUCAAAACAUUUUCAAGGAAACAUAUUGUCAUGCAGUUGUUAUGGCCAAUGAUGGAAAGACACUGGAGGAGGCGGCAUGAGAGCCGGAUUGUGAGAAGCUUGGAAGAAAGCAGAAGUGGCACCUGUUCACCUGCUUGGACCCUCACGGUCUGAACGCCUCCCCCUCCCUGUCCUCUCUAAGUUGUGCUUUCCUUGACGUCUGAGCCUGGAUAGACAAACACUGCUAUCUUGACACCGCUCUUCCAUCUCCCAGAAUGGAAGAUCUCCUGUCAUGACCAGGUGGCAAUGGUAGGAAGUGUCGCCUUGAACUUGACCCUGUGAAACAUGGUCGUCAUACGCUAUGCAGAGUUAGCUCUAGUCCACUGCUCCCACAGUUACCUCAGUAAAAGGCUUUUAUAUUCGUUGUUACUCAAGCAGAGAUGCAUUUUCUCCCCUACGUUCUAGUGUAAACACACACACACACACACACACACACAUACACAACACGCCCCUUGCAUCACUUAUGUCCAUUGAAAAGAGAGAGAUGGCUGACCUGGAGGGGGGUGGCAGAGGGUGCCUUAACUUUUUCUGGCUUGGCUCCCAUUUCCUUAUGUCUUUCCUUCAUGUACCCUGUCACUUUAGAGGUGUAACCACGUUUGUUCCAAGUCGUAUCUUUAUCAUCAGCAAGAACUCUUCUAAGUGUAGUGAAUGUGACUAUUUUAUAUAAAUGCACAAUAGAGUCUAGGCCUUGGAGACGUCUGAUAACAGUCUGUAAAUAUCCUUUGUUGAAGUAGUAGAACCUUCUCAUUGGCAAAGCCUUAGGUGGCAGCCACACGCGGACACGUGGACUCAAAAUGUUUGUUUUUCCAGAGAAUUCUAGCAUUCAUGGAAGCAAGGAAACAAUUUUUUUUUCUGUUUCUCAUUCAUUUUUCAGCGCCAAUCCUUUGGGCUUUCUUGACUUGGUAGAUUACUAGAAACAUUGCUUUCAUGGUAUAUAGGAUUCACAAUUUGUAAUGACUGAUGGCCAGUGGGGUACAGUAAAGUCAGAGACACUAGAAGAAAAGGGGCAACAACAGACAAGGAGAGCUCCAGCAAAAAGCCUGCCUAAUUUUUUUUUAAAAGUCUGGAACGUUACUAGAACUCUUCUAUGCAACCUAGCUGGUCUCAAAAGCUUUGAAAAAAGAAAGUUUCUCUUUAACUCGAAAAUUGCACGUUGUAUAUUAUUCCCCAUGUGUGCAAGCUUGCAGAGACUGGAGCUAAACAGAAAAGUUCAAAUAUUCUUUCUCAUACAGUGUAGUCUGAAUAAAAGUCCAUGGAUGCAGUAAUUCUGGAAAAGAUUUUAGAUUAGACCAUAAAAGCAAAAUCACUUGAAAUGUACAUGGAAUUACUUCUUCCUAAUAAAGCCAAACUCCAAUGGCAGGAGGUUGGGGGAGGGAGGGAAUCAAUGCUCCUCUUUUCUCCUUCUUAUUUUUUUUUUCUUUCUUUUUUUUAGUUCCAUAUAAAAUGUAGCAGGUAAGAAAAAACUUUAACUGGUACUUUAAAUAGUGUGACUUGAGAAGACGGUAUCUCUGUUGGUUCUGCUGAGUUGUUACUUUCCACCGAAUCUAAAUGCAAUGUCAUAGGAGGAGGUUUGCUGUAAAACCAUGUCUCUUACUUUGCUGUGUUCACUGUAAUUACAGCGGGUCUGAGAAGGUUCAGUAAGUCUCAAUUUCUCUACCUCCCUUACUUGGAGAAAUUUUGGAAAUGUAUCCUGUGAAUAAAAUGGUUUUUUUUUUUAUA